UAAAGCGCACUCUAGUUUCCUCUUCUUUUCUGAAUUUCGUACUUUAAGCGACUUGUACAGAAUCAGUGAAUGUUUUUUUUUAAUCUGGAUGAUAUAACGUUAGUUCACAAAUUAAACUUAAGUUUGAAAAUUAAAUUAGCAAAUAUUAGUAUAUACAGUGUAUUUAAUCGUUAGCAACAUCACCAGUUUCUUUUACUAGUCAAUUAUACUAUAGCUUAAGACAAUGCAAGACAAGGAUCAGAUGCAUGCUGAAACAUGCCACUUGAAUGGUUAUUUGGUCAUCGGAAGACUCCAGAAGAAUUGCUUAGACAGAAUCAAAGAGCUCUGAACAAGGCUAUGAGGGACUUGGACAGAGAAAGGGCAAAAAUGGAACAGCAGGAAAAGAAACUCAUUGCUGAUAUCAAGAAGAUGGCAAAAGAUAGUCAAAUGGAUGCAGUAAAAAUUAUGGCUAAAGACCUAGUGCGGACAAGAAGAUAUGUCAAAAAAUUUAUUUUGAUGCGAGCAAAUAUACAAGCUGUAGCACUUAAAAUUCAAACUCUACGAUCUCAAAAUGCUAUGGCCCAAGCUAUGAAAGGAGUUACAAAAGCUAUGCAAAACAUGAAUAACCAGCUUAAACUUCCACAAAUUCAGAAAAUUAUGCAAGAAUUUGAAAAACAGUCUGAAGUAAUGGACAUGAAAGAAGAAAUGAUGAAUGAUGCAAUUGAUGAUGCUAUGGGUGAAGAAGAAGAUGAAGAAGAAAGUGAUGCAGUUGUUACACAGGUGUUGGAUGAACUUGGACUACAGUUAACAGAUCAACUGACGGGAUUGCCAGAAGCAUCAACUUCAAUAGCAGCAGCAUCACAAAAGGAGAAGCCUGCUGCUACUGCAAUAGCUGAUGCAGACGCAGACUUACAAGCCCGUUUGGAGAAUCUUAGAAGGGAGUAAGAUUCAGAACCUUAAUUAGCAACAUCUUUCCACAGAAUCUGACCUGUUCACAGAAUUUCCAGAUUUUCAGGAAAUUGUGUAUAUAUGUGUGUAUGUGACUGUUGGUUGACAUUUACAAACCAGAAAAAGAUGUGCUAAGAAAAAGUGUCAUCUUGACAGUUGUAAAAUAAUUAAAAUUAAGGCCUAUAAUUUUAACGUGCCUUCAGACUAGCAACUCAUAAUCAUUUGUCAGUAUUAGUUUUAAAGAAAUAUUGCGUUUGAGCUGGGUGUUUCAUGCCAUUAUUGUACCCUUUAUUUAUAAUUAUCAACAACGAGGUUAUUGUGAUUUGUGCAGUUGUGUAUUUUUUAUUACAAUAGUAUAGAAAAAAUAGCUGUUUCACGUUAUCCAGUUAUAAAGGGAUGUCAGCUCAGCACUGUCCAAGCAAUUUCCGACACCAUGUAAAAACAAGUACGUGUAUAUAACUUACAAGAACUUAUCAGCAUUUAUGCAUAUUUAAAUGACUAUAGGUAUUUUUACCACUGUCAUCCUGCUAAGGCUCGAUUUUCCACUUCCCAACCUUGUAUCAAACUUUAUCUUCAUUCAGCUCUAAUUUUGAUUGUUCUUUGCUGCAUGCCACACAGUUUUGAAGCAGUUAAUAUGAGUCUGGUUUAAGCCUGUAAAUAAAUAACUUUUAGAGUUUUUAAUUUCAAGCUGCUAAUCUUAAUUUUGGAUCUGCUGUUUUGUGAAUUAGAAACAGUACAAUAACAAUGAUAAACAGUUUUCUUAGGUUUUCGUAGAGAUGCUUUCAAAGAGUAUCGUGAGAUAACAUACUGUCUCAGUAACCCAAUGUGCAUGGGCUCAAUCCAUUAGACCAACCCUAUAUUGGAGAAAAAAUAUUAACUAUAAUUACAAAUUUGCUAUGUGUAUCUACUUAAAAUGUGGCAAGCUUUUAGAAAAUAUAUGAGUCUGUUGUACACAGAAACUGAGAUAAAUUACAAAGGUAUUUUUUACUCAAGAUAUGGCUGUGAACUGACGUCAUCUGUCUGACGAGUCAGAGUGCAAGAUGAUGUUCAUGUGAAGAAUAAAGAUACCUUUGUCCAUCAUAUAGUAUGGAUAUUGUAUUUACCUAACUUCUAAAACAUCCAAAAUACAUAUCUACAGUUUCUCUGUAUGAUGUAUCUGAUACUUACUCUACCACAAACUUUUGCUAAAUUAGCAAUUUAGUGUAAAAUGAAUAGUUGAUAAUUCUGACAUCAAACACAGCACUUUGUAAGAGGUCAUAGCUUAUUCACUUUGACCCUCACCCAUGUGUAUGGGGUUAUUGUAGGUAUGAAGAAUAUAAUGAUAAUAUUCCAGUUGAAUGUAAAAAAGGUUGCAGCACACAACCAAAAUUCUGCAUAAAGAAAAUAAAAUAGUGUAAUUUUUUAUAAGUUUUUAUCUCCAUAAUUGCUUCAAGGUGUGAGCUUAUUGAAUAUAGAUAAGUUAUAUCAUUACAGAGACGACAAGUUAACAAAGGGUAAAUGUUUUUUUGAAAGGACCAAGUUUGGAAAAGUUAUGGAAGGUGGCUUUUGGUUACAUGUAAGUUGGAUUAUAAGUAGAUUUUGUAAGUAUUAUUUAGGCACUACAACCAUGAGUUUUUGCCUUGGGAGCUCUUGAGAUAUAUUUACUCAAACUUUGUCAGGUAAGUUAUUAGAAUGCAAGCAUCCCAGUGAACAUAUAAAAACCUAUUUUGUCAAUCAACCUGACCCACACACAGAUACUUUUGUUUUAAUGUUUUCUUAACAAAUAUAUUAAAAACAGAACUUAAGAAAAAAAUAAAGUUAUACACUCUAAUGGUAAAUAAAACUUAUAAUAAAAGCAUAAUAAAUUCAUAAGUAUUCUUUGGAAAAACAUAAGAAACGUGUUUUUGUCCAAUUAAUAUCAUGAUUCUUUGGGGUGGUUCAGGCUGGAAAAUUGGUUGCUUACCUAAGAAGCUAGAUAUAAAACCUAUAAAAACCUUUAUUUUACUGACCAAUGAACCCUUAAAACCUAUAUUUUAGUGGUAUUGACUAUUAUUUAGCCUGAGUUUUGUUAUAAAUGUAAUAGGAGACCCAAGAAUGAUCUUUUUUCAGAUACUUUUCAGUCAUGGACAAUGUCUUUAUCUUGAUGUUUGAUAUUAUGAAUAGCAUACUAAAAUUGGCAUCGGUGGUUUUUCUAGAUUAGGUUAAAUCCCAUACGGUUAAAGGAAUUUCCUUCAAUGGAAAAAGCAUGCAUGGAUCAUUUUGCAAAAAAAGUACAAAUAUGUAAAUUAGAUCCAAAGGAGUUUACAGGUUACUGAAGCAACCAGUGUUGCAUCUUCAUUGAAAAAGAAAAACAUUUACUACUGUAACUUGAAUUACUUAUUUACACUGUGAAUAUGAACAACGACUUGUUAGAUAUAUUGGCUAUUUCUAGUCCAUUUAAAAAGAAAGUAGGAAAAGUAACAGUUUAAUAGAAACUGAACUAAAUGUAUUUUUAAUGAAGGCUACAACAGUGACAAAUACUUCUGUGACGUUUAAAAGAACAUGCAACCAUAUACAUUGAGUGGUUGCAGUGUUGUAUCUUCAAGAUAUCUCUUGAUAUUCUUGAUGAACUCUCAGAUUGUGACAAACUUACUAAGAAAGUUCAUGUUACUCAUAUUUUGAAAUAACCAGGGUUGUUUCGUUUAUGGGCUGAAAAAUGUUAAAUGUGGUUUUUGUAGGAUAUGAAUGGAUCAAAGUGAACUUGUCACUACUUUUAAUGAAGCAACUUUAUUAUCAAUAUAUGUCAAUAAACAUGUCAUCAAAACAUAAUUUAUAAUUAAACUUUUGAUAUUAUGUAAGUUUUAUUUUUUUAAUUUUAAAAAGCAAAUAUUUAUAUAAAUUUUCUGUCUUCACUUUGAUGUAUUAGGUGGCACUUCUUUGCUCUAAAUUACCCAUUUUAGGUUUUCUUUUUACCCCUAUAUGAUCUUCUGAGUGUGUCACCAAUUACACACAUACUAUAGAUAUUACUAAACCAUAAUGUAAAUGUAUAACCUCUAACAUUCUUGCUUUACUGAGAUAUAAAGAAAAAUAGUCAAGCUAACAUGCCAUGCCUCUCUCAUCUCAUCCUGUCUUUCAAAAAAUGUCUAAUUCUUUCUGAUGUUUGCUAUUGGAUUAUGUAUAACUAAUAUAAAUAGCGUGUUAUUCUUUACAAGAUUCAUUAGAAGGCUUGUUCAUUUGGCUCCAGCAUAGGAACUAUUUAGCCUCAGUUUCAUUAUUUUUCUUUAUGUUAUUCUGAUCCACCAGCUAACAGAAUUUUUUAAGCUGUUUAUAUAAUUAGUUAGAAAAACCAGUUAAAUUUUAUUCUUAGUUCGAGAUAAUGUUUUUUGUCUUCAAAUGCAUAUUUGAAAUAAAAAUGAAUAAUAUUUUAGACUAUCAACAUCAUUACAAAAAAGAAGUGAUAGAGUGCUUAGUCUGUCAAUGUCAAAAUCCCUUAGUCUAGAUGUAAGUACUAAAUUUCCUGUUUUUUACGUAUAUAUAUUAUUCAUUGAUAUAAAAGUAA